GCCGAAUCCUCGAAGACGGGAAUGAGACGAAAGAUAAUAGCACGGCACAAGUGCUGCCGAAGACGACCAGUGACGUCGCAUCAACGCUGCUCGCUCGCCUAGUAAGCGACAUGAUGAUAAAUGCAAGUGACUCACUGCGUGGCAGCACCAGCGUUCACGACCAGGCGGAUGCCGUACUCAGGGAAGCUGCAUCGAGACUCAAUGACAUGGGUUACCUGCUUGGCAAGAUGGGAGCAGCUCUGAAAAUUGGAGGCCGUCGCCUGCUGGACCUCGAAGGGCUGCUGAUCACCGUGUUCGGAGAAAAAAAGUUCAAGUUCAAGAAACAAAAGGCGUAUCUCUGGGCGUCCGACAUCGCAAAGCUUGGUAACUGCACGGCGGAAACUCGACUUGCCCAAAUCACGGCUAAGAUCAUCAACGCUUAUGCAACAAGGGGCACAACGUCCUCUAUAUUCCAAGGUGCCGAGCAGAUUGGCGAUAUUGUUGGUUCGACAGGUGACUCACUGGGAGACAUUGCCGUCAGGCUGGCUGGGCCUAAAAGAAAUGGCACCGCCGCUCUUCUGCCCAAGCCUGAAGUCACCGAAUCAGGCGAAGCGCUGAUAGAGAAUAUCAUCGACGUCAUCGUGAAGCACGGCUCCAUGUAAAAACACUUCCUAAAGUUUACUAAGCCCUCUGA